GGUGAAUCACGGUGAUCACCGGUGCAUCUGUCGGGCGCACCAAAGCGCUCAUGCAGUGGCCAGUUGAGUAGUCAAUUGGUUGGUCUAUAUAUAUAGAGUGGCUACGAAUGGUCACUAGAGUGUGCAAGUUAAAUCCCGUGCGAGGAUGGGAUCUUGUGUAAUGUAUGAUCUCGGGGGUUGGCUACCACGAGUUUACGAGAGGAUCAGUCGUGCACUCGUCGUCGCGCCGGUUGCAUCUCACCGAUUCGCAAAACCCUGACCCCAGACACCCUCCGUACCAUGCGAUUCGCCCUCGUUCUUGCUUCCGUGUACUUUCUGACUUCAGGUGUAAAUGCGUCCGGAGGUGGUCACUGGUCGUACUGGGGUGAGAACGGACCUGCUGAUUGGCCGGGAUUAUGUGCAAAGGGGGAAAAGCAAUCGCCGAUUAACAUAAUCCCUGACGACACGAUUAAAUCAGACAUUGGCCCUCUGAAGUUCAUUCGCUAUGAUUUUGCAUACUAUGGCAAAGUCGUCAAUACAGGACACAGUGGUAGACCCCUCCUUGCAAUUCCAGUGCAAAUUACUCUGAACAGCAUACCUAUCUUAUUAAUGGGCGGUGGUCUGAAGUCGACGUACGUUUUGGAGCAAAUGCAUCUGCACUGGGGAGCCGAGCACACCGUGGAUGGGACCCGAGAUGCAAUGGAGUUGCAUCUGGUGCACUAUGACAAAAAGUAUGAUAACGUCAGCGCAGCUGCCGAGCACGAUAAAGGACUCGCCGUCGUGGCCGUAUUGUUUGAACAAGGCCCCGAGGAUCACGGAAAUCUGACGACCAUUUUGAAGGCUGCGGAAUCGACCUCGAACGCGAUAGGAGUUCCGGUGAAAACGCAGACGAAAAUAGUACCUUUACUUUUACUGCCCAAGGAUCAUACGACGUAUUAUCGUUACGAUGGAUCCUUGACGACCCCAGGUUGCCAAGAGUCCGUAGUUUGGUUCGUCCUUACGGAGAAACAGUCGGUUUCGGAUUUUCAGUUGAAAGUCCUGAGGAACCUGCAGGUGAACAACGACACUUUGAGCCACAACUUCAGACCGGCACAGAAGCUUGGAUCUCGAAAAGUAUACCUCCACCUAGAUGGCUACUCUACAGCAUCCUCUUCGAAUCCGCGUAUAAAGCUUGCGCUGACAAUGGUCCUGGUCAGCAGGUACCUUUUUAACAUUGCUUGAGGUAAAAAAAAGGAAAACUUACUCGUCGACCGCUCUCGAGGCUGGAGCUCUUCCCUUAAAUCCUAGAUUAAUCGACGAUCGCGUCUAAUUAGCUGGAACUCUUAGAGUAAUUCCACCAAGACAGGGUAUACGAUCAGCCGAUAUCAGCGGUUUUUCGGUCGAUGUAUGUUAUCAAUUCUAAGUUACAUGACAACGACGUCACGUGCCAAAACUAGCCACGCGUUUCCCGGUUAGUUAAGUAAGUUAAGUGAUAUACAUAAGUACAAGGAACCUGGUACAAAGUCGGACAUGUUAAUAGAUGCCUAUACCAAAGGGAUUGUACAAAGGGUGUAGUCGUCGGAAGUAUUUUACACGGGGCUUAUCGCCGACCAAUGUGGGAACCAUAUGUGUUAUUAAUAUACCUUGUGAUAUAUAUGUGUAUAUGCGAUAAACGUAUGGACAAGUUACGUUACUUCGCGCUGCUUCAAUUCGUGAAAAUAAUCGUAGUUAGCCAUUUAUACUUCUCUGUAUUGGACGUGUCUGUAUGUACGCCACUCGCGUAAGAAACCUUAUCCCGAUUCGAUUGGGUUGUUAAAGAGCGAUUCCAUACAUGUAGGAUGUAAUCGGGUACGAUACUUACUGCGAGUACUAUACCUUCAACUGGGAUAUAGGUGCAUGCAAUGUGCGAAUAAAUC